UUUCCCCAUCUUUGAUCAUUCUCUGCCUCUGGACCAUAAUAUCUACAUCCAUGAUCAACGAAGUGAUAUUUCAGCUCACAAAGGCAUUUUUAUCAUAUUUUGUGUCUUUUUCAACUAGUUUCCCUGUUAAUUCUUAUUUUGUAGAUGUGUACCCUGGUGGAGACGUGUGGAAUUCACGCAGUCAAUCAUGACGCUCCUUCUGAAGGGUUUGAGUUACCGGCCUGAGGCGCGAGUUCGAUAGCUUCCAGAUUUGGGGUGUUGCACUUGUUUGUGAAGAGAGAGAGAGAGAGAGAAAUGGCAGGAGGUGGAGGAGGAGGAGCAGCUCCAGCAGCAAAGGCAAGUGAACCAGUGCCACAUCCACCAAAAGAUCAGCUUCCUAAUGUUUCUUACUGCAUUACUAGUCCUCCCCCAUGGCCUGAAGCUAUUCUUCUUGGAUUUCAGCAUUAUCUUGUUAUGCUUGGUACCAUUGUUAUCAUUCCUACAGCUCUAGUUCCCCAAAUGGGAGGUGGAAAUGAGGAAAAAGCCCAAGUUAUUCAGACAUCGCUAUUCGUCGCUGGGCUGAACACCUUGUUGCAGUCUAUCUUUGGGACUAGAUUGCCUGCUGUGAUUGGAGGGUCUUAUACCUUUGUUGCACCUACAAUCUCGAUUAUCCUUUCUGGACAAUGGAAUGAUGAAGAUCCUGUGUCGAAAUUCAAGAAGAUAAUGCGGGCCACCCAAGGUGCCCUUAUUGUUGCUUCAACCCUUCAGAUUGUCCUAGGCUUCAGUGGUCUCUGGCGCAAUGUUACAAGGUUUCUGAGUCCACUUUCAGCUGUUCCUUUGGUUUCUCUUGUUGGCUUUGGUCUUUAUGAGUUUGGUUUUCCUGGGGUUGCCAAAUGUGUUGAAAUUGGGUUGCCAGAGCUAGUCCUUUUAGUCAUUUUCUCUCAGUAUCUGGCACACCUGAUACGUCCAGGGAAGAAUAUAUUUGAUCGUUUUGCUGUUCUUUUCACGGUGAUCAUUGUAUGGAUUUAUGCACACCUACUCACUGUGGGCGGGGCUUACAAUGGAAAGCCACCGAAGACACAAGCAAGCUGCAGAACUGACCGUGCUGGACUCAUUAGUGGUGCUCAAUGGAUUAGUAUUCCUUACCCUUUCCAAUGGGGACCUCCUUCAUUCAAUGCUGGUGAAGCAUUUGCUAUGAUGAUGGCUAGUUUUGUUGCUCUAGUAGAGUCCACUGGUGCUUUUAUUGCAGUUGCAAGAUAUGCAAGUGCCACUCCCUUACCACCAUCCAUACUUAGUCGUGGUGUUGGUUGGCAGGGAGUUGGCAUUCUACUAUCAGGAUUAUUUGGCACUGGGAAUGGAUCUUCUGUAUCCGUGGAGAAUGCUGGUCUAUUAGCAUUGACACGUGUUGGCAGUAGAAGAGUUGUUCAGAUAUCUGCUGCGUUCAUGAUUUUCUUUUCAAUUCUCGGGAAAUUUGGAGCUGUCUUUGCUUCAAUUCCUGCACCUAUUGUUGGUGCUUUAUAUUGCCUUUUCUUCGCUUAUGUAGGCGCUGGAGGCUUAGGUUUUCUUCAGUUCUGCAAUCUUAAUAGUUUCCGCACCAAGUUUAUAUUAGGUUUCUCCGUCUUUCUUGGCUUGUCCAUUCCACAGUACUUCAAUGAGUAUACUGCUGUUGCUGGUUAUGGACCUGUUCACACACAUGCAAGAUGGUUCAACGACAUGGCCAACGUUCCCUUUCAAUCAAAAGCUUUUGUGGCGGGUAUCGUUGCCUUUUUCCUGGACAACACAAUGCACAAAAAGGAUGGCCAGACAAGAAAGGACAGAGGCAAGCACUGGUGGGACAAAUUCAAGUCCUUCAAGACUGACACGAGAAGUGAGGAAUUCUACUCCCUCCCUUUCAAUCUGAACAAGUAUUUCCCAUCUGUGUGAUUUGGCGACGCCACGGACACAAAGGUUUCAUCUUUUUACUAGUAAGUACUAGAGUUCAUCUGUGCUUGUUGGAGAGGGGGGGAGGUAGGUUGCUGCUGCAACAUCAAUUUUCUUCUUUCAUGAGAAAUGAAGUAUGAAGAAGCUUAGAACAACAGUUAUUAGUUUAAGUAUUUCCUACUGUUGUAAAUUUAUGGAUCAUUUGGAUUCAACUUUAACUAGCAAUUGAGCAAGCAAUCCUUUUAUGAAUUAUAAUUAGCAGUAAA